AUGCGGCCUGCCGUCUUUCUACUGUUUCUCGCUGGCGUUGCGACUGCGAACUUGAGACACCCAGGACACGAUGGAGGACAUGGACACGAUGACUGCACUCUUGUUGCAAAAGGGCCAGGAGUCGACGAUGCACCACAGCUUCUCAGAGCAUGGCAAAAAUGCAGCAAAAUAUCUAUUCCUCACCACACCACACUCAACAUUUCGACGCGGUUGAAUAUGACUGGCGGAGUCAACAAGCACAUAGAACUCCAAGGCACAAUUCGCAUCAACCCAGACAUUCCAUAUUGGAGCGGGAAUGGCUUUCCCUUCGCUUUCCAAACCCAAAUAACCGCUUGGCUGCUGGGAGGGAAGAAUAUCGUUCUAGAUGGAGGUGGGACGCUAGACGGUGCAGGACAGGCCUGGUAUGAUGCUUUUGCAUCCAACUCCUCGCUACUUCGGCCAAUCAUCUUGACUGUCUUUCAAGCAAGAAAUGUGCUCGUCAAAGACAUCACUAUGCUCAACAGCCCCGAGUGGUUCAACCUGGUCAACGAGGGCAAGAAUGUGACCUAUACGAAGAUCAAUAUUCAAGCCUCCUCGAAUUCGAGCCAUCGCAUUGCCAACACGGAUGGCUGGGAUAUCUACCGAAGUGACCAAGUUGUCAUUAAAGAUUCGAUAAUCAACAAUGGAGACGAUUGCGUUUCCUUUAAGCCAAACUCAACCAACAUUCUGGUGUCUAAUCUCAAUUGCAAUGGCUCUCACGGUAUUUCGGUUGGCUCUUUGGGUCAAUUCGCAGGGAUGUUCGACAUUGUAGAGAACGUGACCGCUAUCAAUGUCAAGAUGAGUAAUGCACAGAAUGGCGCCCGUAUUAAGUGCUGGGCCGGGGCCGGAGUCGGAAGUGGGAUCGUCAAGAACAUAACAUUCGAAAACUUCUCUGAAAUAAAAGUUGACAACCCUGUCGUGAUUGAUCAGUGCUACAUGACAAAUGCAACUGCUUGCUCACAGUUUCCAUCAAACACCUUCAUCCAAGAUAUCGUAUUCAAAAACAUUUCUGGUACUUCUAGUGGGGCGACGGUCGCCAAUCUGGCCUGCUCUCCCGAUGGACGGUGCUCCAAUAUCAAUGUUGAAGACUUCAACCUCAGCUCUCCUACGGGCACGCCGAAAUAUUUGUGCCAGAAUGUAGUCCUGACGGGAAAUGCGGCACAAUUCUUUCCUCAGUGUGGUCGAUUGAAGGAGAAAGACGCACGGCAUCUUGCUCGAGACCUCAUCUACGCACUUCAGUUCUGUCACCGCAAUGGCAUUGUUCAUCGCGACGUACAUUACCAGAAUGUUGUCGUGACCCCGACAUCGUUUCAACUGACCAACUUUGCGUUGGCCACAGCCUUCAAUCCUUCAGAACGGCUGACGCUUGCCUGUGGCACGGGAUAUUUCUCUGCGCCAGAACUGCUUCAAGCAAAGCCGUAUAUUGGACCCGAAAUCGACGUCUGGGGACUGGGUGUCAUGCUUUAUAUUGCCGUGUGCGGUAACGUGCCCUGGGAUGACGAGGUAAUAGAGGAAAUUCACAGACAGAUUUUGAGUGGCCAUUUGCCGAGUUUUCCAUCUUUUGUCUCCAAAGUGAACGGAGGCCCACGCCGAAUCGCCGCCGUCAUGGGAGAACUAGAAGCCGUUUCGGAGCGCAAAACUUACUCAGACGAGGAAUCCGCGGUCGGUAGCACCAGCGCCUACAGUGUCGGUGAACAGAUUGCAAAAGAGAGCGGACACGCCAUCCAGUAUCGCACCUGCUCCUGGCAAAAGACGGCUGGCUUGCUGUUCAGCGAAUACAUCUGCUUGGCUAUCCUUUCCUUCCCAUGGUCAUACUCCGUACUCGGUCUGGUUCCUGGAGUUUUGGUUACAAUCGGUGUUGCUGCCAGUGUGCAAUAUACUUCGCUCAUUGUCUGGAAGUUCUGCUUGAAACACCCUGAAGUCCGCGACGUUUGCGAUAUUGGACGUAUAAUUUUUGGAGGCUCGCAAUGGGCGUACAACUUCACUGCGGUCAUGUUCAUCCUCAACAACACUUUCAUACAAGCUCUCCAUUGUCUUGUGGGAGCCAAACUACUCAACACACUAUCCAACUCGGCCCUAUGCACCAUUGGCUUUAGUGCGAUUUCGGCCAUCCUUUGCUUCAUCUUCACUCUUCCUCGUACGCUUAAUCAGCUAAGUGGGCUCGGAACAUUCAGCGCAGUGACAAUGGGCAUCGCGGUCCUCCUUGCCAUCAUCUUCUCUGGGGUGCAAAGCGAGCCGUUUGGCUAUAUACCUGGGGAAACUCCGAUUGUGACCAAGUUUCCGCUCCCAGGAACGACCUUCAUUGCUGGCAAGUCGUUUCUCGAUGGAUGUCCCUAUCUAACGAAAAUUUCCACCUUAGGAAUGUCUGCAUUCCUCAAUAUAUCGUACACGCUCAUCGGCCAAAUCACCAUCCCGAGUUUCAUUGCUGAGAUGAAGGAACCGAGGGACUUCCCCAAGGCUUUGUGGGCAGUUACAAUUUGUGAAGUUGUCGUGUUUUCCCUUUGUGGCGCCAUCAUGUACCAUUACGUUGGAAACCAGUACAUCACUGCCCCAGCCUUCGGCUCUUUACAGCCUACCUACAAAAAGAUCGCAUUCUCAUUUGCCAUCCCUACCAUCGUCUACCUCGGUUCCCUUUACUCAUCGGUCACCACACGGUUUAUUUUCUUCCGCAUCUUCCGCGACUCGAAGCAUAGACACUCCAACACCCUCGUUGGCUGGGCUGUUUGGGCUGGCAUCAUCGGGCUCACGUGGAUCGCAGCGUUCAUUAUCGCGGAAGUUAUUCCGUUCUUUAGUGACAUGCUCAGCCUCAUGAGCUCGCUCUUUGACUGUUGGUUUGGGUUCAUCUACUGGGGGAUGGCAUACCUGAUUAUCUACCCAAAAGAAGAGCGCUGGAAGGGCUUACGUGGCUUUGAGACCAUGAUGAACUAUUUCCUCAUCGUCUUUGGCGUCUUCAUGCUCGUUGGUGGCACUUACACUUCAAUCCAAUCAAUUAUCGACAGCUACCGGGCUUCAGCGUAUGGGACGGUCUUCUCCUGCACAUCUAACGCGUUGUAA